CGCUCCCUCAGACAGUGCGGCGCUCCCUCAGACAGUGCGGCGCUUCCUCAGCACUGAACCCCUAUCCAACUGGGUGACACUUCCCCCAGCACAUAACUCUUCUUCCCCACUCCCCCAACACACACGCACGUUCUCACUCUCUCCCUCACACAUGCAGUGUGGUGCUCCUUUUUAGUGUGUGUAUAUAUAUUGACCUGCAUAUUGAUACUCAAAGUAACAUAAGACCUGACACAAUGUUCAGAGGACUGUAAAACAAGAAAAGUGUCCUAAAAGAGUUUAAGUGAGCAAGAACAUCCAAAAUAUUCAGUGCCAAUGCAGCAACACAGGCGACAGCCAGAACUAGUGGAAGGAAAUCUUCCUGUCUUUGUAUUUCCAACAGAAUUGAUAUUUUAUGCAGAUGAUCAAUCAACACACAAACAAGUGUUGACUCUUUACAACCCGUACGAGUUUGCCUUAAAAUUCAAAGUUUUGUGCACAGCCCCAAACAAAUAUGUUGUUGUUGAUGCUGCAGGUGCAGUGAAGCCUCAGUGCUGUGUCGACAUCGUCAUUCGCCAUCGAGAUGUGCGACCAUGCCACUAUGGAAUCAUAGACAAGUUUCGGCUACAAGUGUCUGAACAAAGCCAGCGGAAAGCACUGGGUAAAAAAGAGGUGAUUUCUGUUCUCCUCCCAUCAACAAAGGAGCAACAACAGAAGGAGGAGGAGGACAAACACAUCAAAGAACAUCUUGCAGAAGCUGUGUUUUUUGAACAGACCUCAUUCCAGCAGGAAUCCAGAACUGCCUCUUCGGGACCGAGUUUACUUACAGUCUUCCUGGGAAUCAUCUGUAUCAUAGCAUUAAUGUUACCAACACUUGGGGAAGCAGAAUCUCUGGUGCCUGUUUACCUCCACUUAAGUGUCAAUCAGAAAUUAGUCGCUGCUUAUGUUUUAGAACUGUCAGAAAUGCUGCCAGAACUCAUGGAUUCUCCCUCUCAAUCAAACAUUGAUGAAUCCUCUGAAUCAGAGAUGGGCCUGAUAAAAGUAUACAGCUGCAUGUAUGGAAUGAGCUGCCAGAGGAAAUUGUGGAAGCUAGAACAAAUACAACUUUUAAAAGGCAUUUGGAUGGAUAUCUGAAUCGGAAGGAUUCAGUGGGGUAUGGGCCAAAAGCCAGCAAAUGGGUCUGGGUCAGGUUGGGAUGUCUGGUUGGUGUGGAGAGUCUGUUUUCAAAUAAUAUGACUUGAAGAUGCCUUUGCCACUGGAAAAAGAGGGUGAAAUUCUGCCAAGGUGCUUCUGGCACAAGAGGCAAGCUCCUAUUUGUUACACAACACCCAUGUCAGACACCAAGUCAGAGGAACCUGACUGGGGGCUAAAACGCCCCAAGACGCUCUCCAAGAAAAAGAGCUGACCUCUGGGAGGGAUGUAGUGCUUGUAAUGAGGUCAGCCAGUUGGACACCAUAUCAUAUGAGUUCCCUGAUUGGGGCUGUUGAUCUGGUCCAAUUAGGGAAUUCUGGCUGACAUAAAAUAGUUGCGUGUCAGUGAUACUAACAUUCUCGUCUGACUCUGUAUGAGGCAGUAUCACUGUCAAGAACUGUUCAUGUGUAAAUAAAGGGUGACUUGAUGAUGGGAUUCUGGUCUCUGUGGAAUCAUUUCAUCUAUGAAAUGGCUUUUUGGAGCAGCUUGUUGUAGACCCCACUAGGGAGCAGGCAGUUCUAGAUUUGAUGAUGUGUAGUGGAGUAGACUUGAUUUGGGGCUUAAGGUGAAGGAACACAGAGGACACAGUGUGACAGAAUUCACCCAGCAGUUUGAGAGGGAGAGACUGGAAUCCAGUGUA